ACGCGUUACGUCUCGGUUGGGGAGGCUCCCGUGACGUCAUCACGCUCACUCUGACGCUGUUGGACUUUGGACGCUCUGGACUGCACAGGCGGAGGGGAAGUUAGCAAGCCAUUUGAGCACAAGUUUCAACUAAAUACUUUGAUUUAAUAAGAUCAUAAGAAUGGCCCUCACACAAGUGUCCUCCAACAAGUGCGCUGGUGGCUUCCAGAAGGUUUUCGAACAUGAAAGCACUGAGCUCAAGUGUAAGAUGAAAUUUGCAGUCUACCUGCCUCCCAAGGCUGAGACCGACAAAUGUCCAGUCAUGUACUGGCUCUCUGGUCUGACGUGCACGGAGCAGAACUUCAUCACCAAAGCUGGCAGUCAGUGCCCUGCUGCAGAGCACGGCAUCAUCAUCGUCGCUCCGGACACCAGCCCACGUGGCUGUAACAUCGAGGGGGAGGAUGAGAACUGGGAUUUUGGCACUGGAGCUGGUUUCUACGUCAACGCCACUCAGGAUCCCUGGAAGACCAACUACCGCAUGUACUCCUACGUCACCGAGGAGCUCCCCAAGUUAAUCAACGCUAACUUCCCCACCGACCCAGACAGGAUGUCCAUCAGCGGACACUCCAUGGGUGGACACGGGGCGCUCAUCUGUGCCCUGAAGAACCCUGGGAAAUACAAGGCCGUGUCUGCGUUUGCUCCCAUCUGUAAUCCGAUGCAGUGUCCCUGGGGACAGAAGGCCUUCUCAGGAUACCUGGGCUCUGACAGGUCCACGUGGGAGGCGUAUGAUGCCACCGUGCUGGCGGCGGCGUACUCCGGUCCUCAGCUGGACAUCCUCAUCGAUCAGGGCCGUGAGGACCAGUUCCUGUCAGCCAGCCAGCUGCUGCCCGACAACCUGAUCGCCGUCUGCUCUGAGAAGAAAAUCCCGGUCGUGUUCAGACUGCAGCCGGGCUACGACCACAGCUACUUCUUCAUCUACUCCUUCAUGAACGAUCACAUCAAACACCACGCCAAGUUCCUCAACGCCUAAACUGCCACCAGUGGGGAAACAUCACCUGUUCCUUGGUAUCCAAAUUAUUCAGCCUUCAGUUAUAAAAGCACUUACCGAAAGUCUCAAAUAACAACAAAAAACAUAUUUUAUUUGUUUUCGGGUCACCGGGCCACAGGAAAUAAAGAAAUACGACCCAACAGUUAUGAUUUUGCUGUAUUGGUCAUUGAACAGUAUUUUUCUGAAUAAAAUCCUCGACAAUU